CUUAUGAUUCUAUUAUGGAAGAUGGUGUGUAUUUAAAAACGUAUUCUGACUUUGUCAUUGAUGCAGACAUAUAUAAAGUUAUACUGAAAGUAGAUGAGUAUCAACACAAGAAAAGGAAAUAUAACUGUGAAGUAAAAAGGAUGUGGAACAUUAUGCAAGCACUUGGUAUUUCUACUCUCUUUAUUUGUUAUAAUCCUGAUAGUUACAUAUUCAAUGGAAUUACAAAGGAUAGUAAUGAUAGAGAGAAAACAAAAAUUGUUAAUGUGUUUGAGUGA